UUUGGAAAGGUAAGGUCUCCUCCACUGGACUACCAUUUUAUAGACUGAAAAACAGCACACGUACAUACGACUUGUGGCGUCCAACAGCUUAUGCAGAAAAUUUCGGCAAGAGUUAGCAGAUUGUGUACUAUACUCGGAACUAAUAAUCCGUGGUGAGAAGUUAGCACCCUACAUUGCACAUAAUUACUGAUCAGGUACAUUGCUGUGCAAAGAAAGAUUUUUUUAGAUCUGAACUUUUGGUGGCGAUGGCGAGAGCCAUGUUGGCUCCGUCGACGUCCCUACUCACAAUUUCGACUCUCGUACUAGUGACUCUGUUGUUGUCAGCUGUCUCCACUGCUGUGGAACAAGUGCCGCAAUCGGAGGCUGCUGUAACCACGGCCAGUUCCAAUGAGGAACAACUCUCCGAGGUUCUCAACACAGAAUUCCAAGGAGAGGAUGAUGGUAUCGUUGACUUCGAGAUGUUGGAGGCCGAUGAGAAGGUCGAAACCCCUCCACCACAUUGCAAGUGUCCGAAACAUCAUCACAAACACAAGAAACAUCGGCUUCAUAUUCCUGUAGAAUUCUCGCACCGCGAUGUGGAAGAACUGAAUGUUAUCCUUAACGCGGAGUAUCUAGAGGCCGAGUUUUUCCUGCAUGCUGGAUAUGGCUUUGGUCUCAACGAAUUCAAUGGAACAUCUGUGAAUGUCACCGGUCCUCCACCUAUUGGCGCCCAGAAAGCCCACACUGGAAGAUUCAUUGAGCAUCUCGCGAAGGAAUUCGGCCUCCAGUCUCUCGGUCACAUCAGAGAAAUCACGGCGAAGUUGGGAGAGAGGUCCAUUGCAAGGCCGCAGAUUGACAUCAGCCGCAAAGUGUGGGGAGGGCUCUUCAACGAAGCGUUUGGGAGGAAGCUCAAACCGGCAUUUGAUCCAUACACCACCGGCAACCACUUUCUGCUAGCGGCAUACAUGCUCCCCUACGUCAGUUACACAGGCUACGUUGCACUGAACAUGCACGCCCAAGGCAACUCUGCAAGACAUUUGGUGGCGAGGCUGGCGGGAGUAAAAGGGGCGGAAGAUGCUUCCAUCCGCACGGUGCUCUACCAGCGCCGCAGGCAAAAGGUGGAGCGUUACAACAUGACUGUGGGCGAGUUCACUUCUGUGUUGUCCGCUUUACGAGAGAAGCUCGAUAGAGACAAUCAAAACGUCACCGACCCUAUGACGAACGACUCCUUUUCUCUCCCACCCACCAUCGACGAGGGCAUCCUGGUGCCUGGAAAUGAGACUCCCGAGAAGCUCCUCACUGGAAACAUCGUCACUGUCAAUGACAAUUCUUUGUCUAUGGGACGCACUCCUGAACAGAUCCUGCAAGUGCUGUAUGGAACCGGCAAUGCCUCCAUUCCAGGCUUAUUCUUCCCCUUUGGUGCCAACGGGAAGUUGGCAGCCAAAUACCUUUCGGCACCACCAUCGACGUCGUAGUCUCUUUGUCUUCAGAGACAAUGAUCCCGAGUUUUCAACGAUACUAUUUAGUUUACUAGCAACUGUAACCUUUGAUUAGCACAUCACAUGGGAUCACGUAGUUGAUGCACUUUUUCUAUGAAUUUCAGUUACUUAGCAUAAAACCGUCAAACCCCAUAUGCCCAAUUCUUUUUAAGAACGGAAAGGAAGAUUUGGGUACUAAGGAUAUCUUGUGCAGAAGUUGAGAAGCCACAAAUUUUAAAUCCUUUUAUUGAUCAAAAUUUAGAAUUCUUAUUAAGAGGCACCUUAUACUUAUAUUCAAGGGACAAAGUGAGAGGCUGCAAUUUAUAAAUAUUUUGAUUGAUUGAAAUCAAGAUUUAUUUUUUUAUUUUUUUAUUUUUUAAGAAUAUAUUUUUUUUCCUA